UCUUGGAAAGAAACCAUGCAUCUGUUUGCUGCUGUUUGUGUCAUUAUUAGCAUUUUGGAAGAAGUGGAUAGUUUCUGCCCUUCUCAGUGCAGCUGCAUUUAUCACGGCAUGAGUGAUGGAACCAGAACAAGAUCUGUGCUUUGUAAUGAUCCUGAUAUGUUUGAAAUCCCUCUCAAUAUUCCUGUGGACUCUGUAAAACUCCGGGUAGAAAAGACAGUCAUAAGAAAAGUUCCAGCAGAUGCUUUUUAUUACCUGGUGGACCUCAAAUAUCUAUGGCUUACUUACAAUUCUAUCACCAACAUUGAUAGCAGAAGCUUUUAUAACUUAAAGCAGCUACAUGAAUUGCGUCUGGAUGGCAACUUGUUGUUGCGUUUCCCUUGGGAGUCACUGACUGAGAUGCCCAAUCUACGAACUCUGGAUUUACACAAUAACAAAAUGACCAGUAUUCCAGUCGAGGCUGGCAAAUAUCUGAGAAAUCUCACUUAUUUAGAUAUAUCUAGUAACAAACUAACGACCUUGCCCUCAGACCUCAUGGAUAUCUGGCUUCCUUUUUCUGAAACGAAAGUACCCAGAAAUACAGAUUCCCUGGUGCUCAGGGUCAUAUUAGGUCUGCAGGACAAUCCAUGGUAUUGUGAUUGUCGUAUUUCCAAGCUGAUUGAAUUUUCCAAAACUGGGGAUAGUGUUCUUAUACUCCUGGACCCUUUUGUGGCUUGCAAUGGACCUGAAAGCUUGUCUGGGAUCUUGUUUCAAAGAGCAGAGUUGGAACAAUGUUUGAAGCCAUCAGUAAUGACUUCAGCUACAAAGAUUACAUCACCUCUAGGAAGCAACGUGCUUUUACGCUGCGAUGCAACUGGAUAUCCCACGCCACAACUCACCUGGCUUAGAUCAAACAAUAGACCCGUGAACUAUACAGUUAUUCAAGAAAGUCCAGGAGAAGGUGAAAGAUGGUCCAUUAUUAGUCUGACAGGCAUUUCCUACAAAGAUGCAGGAGACUACAGAUGCAAGGCCAAAAAUUUCGCUGGAAUGUCAGAAGCUUUUGUUACUCUAACUGUUAUUGGUGUUGUUACCACAACGGAACCUUCCCCAAAGUAUGGCAAGAAGACAGGAACAGAGCAAGCAAAUAGUACCCAAGAAGAUGUCAAACCAGAAUUUUUCAAUGUGACGCUUUUUUCUUCUACAAUUGCGUCCACAACCACCACUCCAUCUACCAUUACGGCCACCACUGAAACAUUCACAACUAAAAGCGAAACUGACACAAAACAACCCGAGCUCAUGGCUGAAUACAAAAAGAACGGGAACACAAUUGUUAAUGGAAGGAAAAAGCAAUUGGAUACAUCACUCAGUGUGGAGUCAGCAGAUGAACAAAAUGUUACUCUGAAAAACCUAAGAGUAAUUCCUGAAAGCAGUGAAAGAGUGACCUUAAUGUGGAAAAAUAUUGACGUCUCUAAUAGCUCUGCUUUGACUGUGCUGUAUUCCAAGUAUGGAGAAAAAGAGAUGGUGUCCCUAAAUCCAGAUCCCACAAAAAACAAAGUGACAAUAGAUGGUUUGGAGCCUAGCACAAAGUAUAUGGCCUGUGUCUGCCCCAAAGAGAUGCUUCCCACCAAAGACCAAUGCAUCAUUUUCUCCACGGACGGAAUUAAUAUGGAAGACAAAUCUCCUAUUUCCAUUUUGCUAGUAGCUAGUGGAGUAGCCUGUGCAAUAGUGAUACCACUCAUUUUUUUCUUACUGUAUAAAGUUGUAAGGCUUCACAGGAAACCAAAACUGAUCAAGGAAGAGGAACUUGCAAAAGAGACUUAUAUCAAAUUUGAAACUCUUUCUUUUAGACCACAUUCCAUGGGGGCAAAUGUGGAGAUCUGGACUCACCGAAACACUGAUGAGUCUGAAAGACAACUACUUUGUUCUAGGUCAAGUAUGGAUUCGCAGAUGACCUUCAAAAGUGAAGGUUCUAGGUCAGAGUACUUCUGCUAACUCUGGGUUCUGUAGAUUAGAUAAUCUACAGAACCCAAAGUCAGCAAAAGUGCUCUGACCUAAGACUUUCAAUUUAGAUACAAGCAAAAGAAGCUGAGACCCAGUACUGGAUCAAUGCCAAUCACAAAUAAUGGAUGACAAACACUGUAAAUGAUAGAAAUUAAACUCUAAUGGGGUGAGGAAGGGAAAAUGCUUCUUCAAAAACAUUUAAUGACACUUGAUUAUUCCUGAAGCACUUAUCAAUGUAUAGUUUCUCCUUGAUUAAUACUUUGUUGUUUAAAAAAAGAUUUAUGUAAAAUACUUAUUUUUCCUUCCAUAUUACUCUCCACGUUUCUUUCAAUUAUAUGCUGCUGCAGUUCAGUGCAAAGUAAUGAUCAAUAUUUUAUUUAAUUAAACUCAAACUCCUGAGUUAUGCAUGCGUGGAAAGACACAAUGGGGCACAACCCAGAAUAAGCCAUUUCAAUUAGGUUGAUGAAUUAGUUUCAUUUUGUAUUUUGGUCAAGAGGUUGUAUGAUUAAAAAUAUGAUAUUAAAUUUGGGAAAUGCACAUAAAUAUUUAUAAUGUCAAGGUGUAAUGCAGUUAAUCAGCACAUAUACAUGUGCUGAUUAACUGUACGUAUAUGCAGUAUAUGUAUAUGCAGCUAACCAAAGUAAGUCAGAAACUACAUCUGGAAUAAGUCACACCUAAAUUCCACUCAGAUCCCUUAUUUGAUAACUUGGACCUGCUUUGUAAUUUCAUAUGAUAGAUAUUUUCAGAAGGAUCAUAUGAGGAAUGCAUUUCAUCAACCCAUGUUAUGAGUUUAAGCUAAUGAUGAAUAUGCAUAAGUAAGUAAGAGUUGCAACAAAAGACCUAAACUUGUUAUAUACUAAAAUGGAAUAGGGCAGGAGUGUCAAAUUCACAGCCUAUGGGCUGGAUGUAUCACACGCUGGCCAUGCCGAUGCUCAGUUUAGCGAAGGGGGAAAAAGUUGUGAUACAUCAUGUGACGAUGCUGUGAUAAUGCAAGUUUGACACCCCUGGUAUAGGGUUUCUUGCCUAAGCAGGGAGUUGGACUAGACCUCCAAGGUCCCUUGCAACUCUGUAAUUCUAUUCUAUUCUGAAUUGUAUAGGUAAGCUAGAGGAACAUAUUUUGGACUUAUCCAUUAAGAUUAGAAGAAAAUAUUAAGAAUGAUUAAAGGAGAGUUUGAAAGAUUAAAGCAAGUAGUUUUGGUUUUCAAAGAAUCUAGGCCACAGUACAAUGAUUCUCCCCCAGUAUUUGGCCUUAGUAUCUUACUUGCUAUUCAAUGAUCUAUUGCUGUUGAUUUUAAUAUUUUCCUUUUAGCCAUUCAAAAUAAUAGUGGUUAAUGCAUCAGUUCUUGAGGAAUGUGAAUGAACUGAUCCAUCCUUUCUUAAAUAAUUGGUAACAUUAUCAGCCUUUAUUAUGGUUAAGAGGCUGAGGUGCCUCAGCAGUUAACUCAGUUGAACUUGUCAUCUGGAAAACUGACAGUCCGAUUCAAGACCUGAGUGCCGCAUGUUGCAAUGAGCUCUCGUUAUUUGUCCCAGCUCCUGCACAGCUAUCAGUUUGAAAGCAUGCAAAUGCAAGUAGAUAAACAGGUACCACUUUGCUGUGAAGAUAACAGUGUUCCAUGUGCAUUGACUUAUGGUCAUGCUGGCUAUGUGACCAUAGAAAUGUCUCUGGACAACACUGGCUUCCUCAGCUUAAAAUAAUGGAGAUAACUACUGCCUCCUAGAGUGGGAAAGACUGGAUGGGAAACCUUUAUGUUUACCUUAUUAUGAUCAAUGGCCAAAUUUAUACAUGUUUACAUUAGGAAGAUUACAGAUCUGGAAUUUCAGAAAGUAAUGAAAACUGAAAUAACAUAGGGUGAAAGAAGUAGAAUACCAAUGAAAAAUUCAAACACAUAAAACAGAGCUAAAAUUACAGAAACACCAUAUUUUGGUUUCUCCUAAGAGUGCAUUAAGUUGCUUGUCUUUUAAUAAGAAAAAUAUUAAGUUAGCUUUCUGGAGCUCAGUAGAAGACUUAAUACCUUUUAUUUAUGAUGUACUCAGAGUAUAUCACCUUUGGAACAGUUUCUCCCAUUGGAUCUGGAUGGCCCUGAGUAGUGGUGGGAUUCAAAUAAUUUAACAAAUAAUUCUCUGCCCUAAUGACCAGCUGGGUAAGUGUGGCUUGGUGGUCCUGUGACCUUGUGGAUGUGGCCAACUCAAUGCCGCUCACGUCGAUGGGCACUUUGCCUUAGCUGUUACAAUGUAAUAAGGGUUAAACCAGAGAGGCAGUUUCUGUAAGCAGGCCAAUAAAGAUUAGGCUAGAAACAACACCAGAAUGUUGCCUUCCUUAAAGGAUUAGCCCUGUAAAGUGGAAAAAAACAAAAUAAGAUUUCUUCCAACUACCAGUUCUCCGAACUGCUUAGAAAGUUAACAACCGGUUCUCCCAAAUAGGUGUGAACUGGCUGAAUCCCACCACUGGCCCUGAAUCUCUUGGCCUUGAGGAAUGUGUUAAAAGCUUCAUUCUUUUCCCUUACCCCACCCCAGGCACCAGGCAAGUAUGGUGGAUAAGCUUGUUUUUUGAGAGAUGGUUUGUACAAUUGGUGACCUCCAGCUGUUUGGUGUUUAUGCUCUGUUUUGAUGGUUGAUGUGUAGGUAUUUACUUACCAUGUUGUUUUGGGGUUUUGAUAUAUUGAUGUACGCCACCUUCAAAAAGUUGGACAGCUAUGUAAAGCAUAGACAGAAUAUCAAUAAAUUUCAA